GAAAAAAUCGUAACCCGGAGCUCACGUCAAGAAGUGGACCGGUUGACCUGAAAGUCUAACACGUUGAUCCUCGCUGAUAAUCCCACUUCCAUUUCGUCGGGAUUUCCUCUCUCUUUCUCUUUUAAAAAUAUAUAAUUUAGACUAUAAACUUUCCAUAUUUGGAAAUUCUCCGUCUCCCUUUUAUGACCCACUUUCUCUUUUCUCAAAAAACCGCGUUUUUUCCCUUUUUUUUUCUUUUUUUUUUUUUGCUUUAACGGUUCGUAAAAUACUUCCAACUUCAGCUCUUAUAAAGGAGCUUUUUUUAAGGCUUUUUUUGGGCUCAGAAAGAGAGUUGAAGAGAAAAGAACAAGUAAAGAUUAUGGCAGAGACUAGGCGUUAUGGCCUCAGUAAUCAACUGGAUAUUAAGCAGAUACUCGCGGAAGCGCAGCACAGGUGGCUACGGCCUGCUGAAAUAUGUGAAAUUCUUAAAAAUUAUAAGAAAUUUAGCAUUGCUCCAGAACCUGCACAUAUGCCGCCAAGUGGUUCAAUUUUUCUUUUUGAUCGAAAGGUACUGAGAUACUUUAGAAAGGAUGGCCAUAACUGGAGAAAGAAAAAGGAUGGGAAAACAGUGAAGGAAGCUCAUGAGAGACUCAAGGCUGGAAGCAUUGAUGUUCUGCAUUGCUACUAUGCUCAUGGAGAAGAAAACGAAAAUUUUCAAAGACGCAGUUAUUGGAUGCUUGAAGAGGAUCUCUCACACAUUGUUCUUGUCCACUAUCGCGAAGUAAAGGGAAAUAGGACCAAUUUUAACUGCAUCAAAGAGACUGAAGAAACUAUUCCAUAUCGCCAAGAAACUGAAGGAAUUAUAUCCAAUUCUGAGGUGGAAAGUUCUACAUCUUCAAGUUUGCAUCCCAAUAAUAGUCAAAUUCCUUCACAAACUACGGAUACAACGAGCAUGAACAGUGUGCAGGCAUCAGAAUAUGAAGACGCCGAAUCAGUCUAUAAUCAUCAAGCAAGUUCACAUUUCCACUCUUUUCUUGAGUCACAACAGCCUUUUGUGGGGAGGAUUGAUACUGGAUUCUCUGAUCCAUUUCCUGUGUCAAAUUUAAGUAUGCUAGAUGAUUAUCAUGGAAAGCCAUCCAACAGUGGUUUUCAACUUACCCAACCAGACAAGGAUAGAGAGUAUAAUGAUGCUGGAAUAACAUAUGAGCCCCAGAAGAACCUUGAUUUCACUUCAUGGGAGGAUGUGUUGGAAAAUUGUACUCCUGGGAUUGAAUCUGCGCAAUAUCAGCCACCAUUUUCCUUAAAACAACAUGAUACCAUGGGGCAGCUAUUCGACAACACCUUUCUUGAAAAGCAGGAGAUCAAGGAUCAGUCACUUGCUCAAGAAGAGUGGCAGCCUUCUGAGGGUGAUUCUUCUCAUUUAAUGAAGUGGCCAUUGGAUCAGAACUUGCAUCCAGACUUGAGGUAUGAUCUUACUUCUGGAUUUCAUGAAGAAAAAGUUAUUCGCGAUGUGCAACAAGACAAGCGACAUGAUCAUUCUAUAGAAAAUAACCAACCAACAGAGCCCUCUAACGGAAACCAUGGAUAUGUUCCUAAACCAGAUUCAGAGAGCCAUUUGACACUGGAGGGGAAAUCCAUUUACUCUUCUGCUAUGAUACAGCACUUGUUUGAUGGUUCUUUAGCAGAAGAAGGUCUGAAGAAGCUUGAUAGUUUCAACCGCUGGAUGAGUAAAGAACUUGGAGAUGUAGAUGAAUCACAUAUGCAGACCAGUUCUGGGGCUUACUGGGAUGCGGUUGAAGGUCAAAAUGGGGUUGAUCUUUCCGCUAUUCCUUCUGAGGGGCAAUUGGAUACCUUUAUGCUGGGUCCUUCCCUCUCCCAUGAUCAGCUUUUUAGCGUUAUUGAUUUUUCUCCAAAUUGGGCAUAUGUAGGCUCUGAAAUCAAGAUCCUCGUCACAGGAAGGUUCUUGAAGAGUAGAGAUGAGGCCAAAAAUUGUAAGUGGUCAUGCAUGUUUGGGGAAAUAGAAGUUCCAGCAGAGGUCAUAGCAGAUGGUGUUCUUCGUUGCUACACUCCGAGACAUGAGGCUGGCAGGGUUCCCUUCUAUGUCACAUGCUCCAACAGAUUAGCUUGUAGUGAAAUCCGAGAAUUUGAAUACCGAGUCAGUCAUAUCCAAGAUACAGAUACUGUGGAUCACUCUAGCAGUAAUGCCAAUGAAAUUCUUGAUAUUCGAUUUGGUAGAUUAAUGUGCCUUGGCUCCAUUUCUCCCUAUUCUAACACCUAUAACGUAGCUGAUAUAUCCCAGUUGAGCUGUAAAAUUAAUUCAUUGCUGAAGGAGGACAUUGAGGAAUGGGACCAGAUGUUGAGGCUUAACUCAGGGGAAGAUAUUUUCCCUGAAAAAAUGAAGGAGCAGCUGCUUCAGAAGCUGCUGAAAGAGACGUUACACGUAUGGCUCUUGCGUAAGGUAGCUGAAGGUGGAAAAGGCCCUAAUAUAUUGGAUGAGGGUGGUCAAGGUGUUAUUCAUUUUGCAGCUGCACUUGGUUAUGAUUGGGCCUUAGAACCCACUAUAGUUGCCGGUGUGAGUGUUAACUUCCGAGAUGUGAAUGGAUGGACUGCACUUCAUUGGGCAGCAUCUUGUGGCAGAGAACGCACAGUUGCUUCCCUUCUCUCACUGGGUGCUGCUCCUGGAGCAUUAACAGAUCCAACACCUGAAUAUCCUUUAGGCAGAACACCUGCUGACCUGGCCUCAGCCAAUGGACAUAAAGGAAUUUCCGGUUAUCUUGCAGAAUUUGAUUUGAGUUCCCACCUCGUAUCCCUCAAUUUGGAUAACCAAGGCAGUAAUGAUACCAUGGAUUCUAGAGCAGAUACAAUACAGAAAAUUUUAGAAAAUAACACAGUUCCACUCAGCUAUGAGGAUGCUUCAGAUGGCCCAUCACUGAAGGACUCAUUAGCUGCUGUUCGUAAUGCCACUCAAGCUGCUGCUCGUAUUCAUCAAGUCUUCAGGGUGCAGUCCUUUCAAAAAAGGCAGUUAAAAGAGUAUGGAGAUGAUAAAUUUGGAAUGUCAGACGAGCGUGCUCUUUCACUUAUAGCGGUCAAGUCAAACAAGCCUGGACAACAUGAUGAGCGUGUGCAUGCUGCUGCCAUUCGCAUACAAAAUAAGUUUCGUGGUUGGAAGGGCAGAAAAGACUUUUUGAUAAUCCGCCAACGCAUUGUCAAGAUUCAGGCUCAUGUAAGAGGUCACCAAGUCAGGAAAAACUAUAGGAAGAUAGUUUGGUCAGUAGGAAUUUUGGAGAAGCUGAUCUUGCGUUGGAGACGGAAAGGAAGUGGUUUACGUGGAUUCAAACGAGAAACACUCACUGAGGGCGCUAGCAUACGUGCACCCUCAAAGGAGGAUGACUAUGAUUUCCUGAAAAAAGGCAGGAAGCAAUCGGAAGAAAGGUUACAGAAGGCACUUGCCAGAGUCAAGUCCAUGGCCCAUAAUCCCGCAGGCAGAGAUCAAUAUAGCAGGAUGAAGCAUGUUGUCACUGAGAUGCAAGUGACAAAGGUCAUGUCUGAUAAGGUUCUCAGCUAUGCAGGAGAAACAACAGAUUUGGAUGAAGACUUGAUAGAUCCAGAAAAACUGUUAGAUGAUGAUACUUUCAUGCACACAGCACCUUGAGUGAACUGAUCUCCACCUUAUUCUCAUGUAAAUCUUUGUUUUGACUUGUAGCUGUUAUGCCUUUGUUUAUUACCUUUUUGGUAAGUCGUGCUGGAAUUCUCCUGUAAAUGCCUUAACAAGCCGGUUCAUUUACUGAUCCUUUACUCAUCAAGUGGGUUAGGGUAACAGCUUUAUAAUUUUGACAUAAUUUGGUCUAGAUCUGGAAGUUUGAAGUACACCAUGGUGACAAUAUAAAAAAAUACGAAAAAAAUAGAGGUGCCAAAUGGAUCGGUUUGGACGGGUUAGGAUUGAA